AUAAUUAUACCUUUGUUUUUCUAUAUAAGUUGAAGCCACUGCAAAAACGAUCUAAAACAAAAAUGGAGGUAGACAUGUCCAUCUUGGAAACACUACAACCCUCUCGAUUCCUCUCCUUCGCCAUCCCAAACCCUGAUCCCACCCUCAAUCCCUCACUUGCCUCCCCACUCAUUCGAAUCGCUGUCCUCGACUCACCGAUUCAGCCCUCCUCUCCUCUCAUUCCCAGUGUCGCCGCCAUGAUCGUCCCCAAGCACCGCGAGUCCGACUGGAUCUUCACGACGGAGUCCGGUCAUCUCCAACUCCUCCUCUCCUCCCCUAACAUCCAACGCCUCAUAUUAAUCGGACAAGAACAACAACCAAUCAUCAACGGCUCUAGUUCAUCUUGCAUUUACCGCCGUUGGAUCGAUCCCGAUUCCCUAAACAACCUGGAGAUUUCGCUAAAACCACUGGUAAUUGCAUUAUCUCCUAAAAUUUACUUCCGUAAUGUAAACUUGGAAGUACCCUUUUUGUGUUAUGAGGAUAAUAUUGUUUGUAGCUUAGUUUUAGAGAAAUGUAUUGGGAAUUUUGUUGGUGAAAUGCUUGUUGAAGAUGUUGAGAUAGAGGUUAGUGAUCAAAGUAGGGAAUUUAGGAGGAGAUUAAGGUUUAAACGGAUGCCUAAUUUGGUUCAAACAGAGAUUCGAAUUGUGCCCAACAAGGUUUCUUGUUUGGAUUCAGUUGAUAUAGGAAGCAAUAGUAUAGAGUUUAGCCCUGAUUUGGGGCUUUUGGUGCAUGUUUAUUUGGUGCCAAUGGUGGCUAGUCUUGCUUUGAUUGGGUCGUGCAUUGAAAAGCAUGUUGAAUCCGGGUUAAGACCUAAAGCUUUAUGUCUUGGUGUUGGAGGUGGAGCUCUAGUUGGGUUUUUGAAAACACAACUGGACUUUGAGGUUGUUGGUGUUGAGGUUGAUGAAGAGGUGUUAAGGGUUGCUCGCAAGUACUUUGGAUUGGAGGAUGGAGAUUUAGUUCAGGUUCAUGUUGGAGAUGGUAUGGAAUUUAUGGACCGACUUGCACAUGGAGAUGUUGUUGGUAACAUCGUUCCUCAGUUUGAUGUUAUUAUGGUUGAUUUGGAUUCUGAUGAUCCAAGAAAUGGUGUUAGUGCUCCCCCAAUAGAAUUUUUUAGGAGGGAUGUUCUUUUGGCUGCUAGAUCGGUUCUUCGUGAAUCCGGGAUUUUUGUUAUUAAUGUGAUCCCUCGAAGUAGAUCGUAUUACGAGAAGUUGAUACAUGAAUUUCGGGAGGUUUUCCCUGAAUUAUAUGAAAUCAAUGUUGGAAAUGUAGAGAAUUUCGUUCUUAUCGCUGCUAAGGCUUUGCCUUGUUCGUCUUCAAGUAGUGAUUCUGAAAAUAAAUUCCUUACGAAACUGAGACUGGCGAUUUCAGGAGCAUAUAUGGAUUCCAUUAAUAGAAUUGGAGAUGCAAGCAAUUAAUAUGCUCAUUCAAAUUCAGCAAUAUCAACUUUUAAGAUUGUGUUCAAGAUUAGGAAUUAGCAUCGCUAUAUUAGAAUUAGGAUUUAAGCAUGUCUUGGCAGUUAUGGUUUGCCAUUUUAAAAUUCUUUUGAGGUGGACAAAAAUUAAGACCCGAAUGCAAUCUGCCAUGUCAGAUCACCUUUUCAGUUCCUUCCUUUGGCUUUGGAGUAAGCCAGUUCAUACCACAAAGAACUGCUCGGCAUAUUCCUGAACCUGUAAAGUGUCAUCCUGGAUGGCUCCAUGCACCAAUCCAUGGCUCAAGCUUCUUCUUGAGCUCAUUUAACGUGGCUCUCCUUCCUGCUUGGAUGCAAAAAUGCCCAAAAGUUAAUUAGAAAUCUGAGAUGUAUAUGGCGUAGUCUUCAUUUUGAAGACUUUCCUCUCAACUAAAGUGAUGGAAAACAGUUGUUCAGACAUGGGAAGAGCAGGGUGGUGAAGUUGGUUUUGAGGGCUCCUCCGGCAACGGUCAUGAGGCCUUUCUAGAGGGAAACAACGAUCUUUUUGGUGUCAUUCUCGCAUUGGAAGCUGCAGUUGUAGCAUUUGUCGUUUCAUGGGUACGUACAGUGUGGAUGACUUGGUAUUUCAAGUGGCAGCGAUCAGACAACCAGUUCGAGUUGGUAAUCAAGUGGCAGCAAUCAGACAACCCGUUUGAGAGGAGCAUUGCAGCACCAUCCAUAUGGAACAGGCAGUUUGAGACCAGCAUGGAUCGGUGGUUCCCAACAGUUGAGAGUAAUGUUCCCAUCCUCACCACUAUGGCAUAAGAGUUGGGGUUGCACCUAUAAAAGUUGGACCAUAGCAUUACAGUCACUAGUACUUCAACAACAUAUCAAACGGUUCGAAAUUGAGGUUAGGAUAAUUUCGGGUUCACGAAAUAAUAAUUAUGAGGACAGCUGGAAUUUAGGAGUGACACCUUUUCAUUUUUAGUUGACUAUAACCUGUCUUUCCUUUGACUCAGUUGGCCUAUUAAAUUCAAGAGCAGACAUACUUGAUUGACUGUUAGCACAUUUUCAUACUUCAAUUUGGCUGGCCUACUUGGCCAAUUGUCAGUCCCAUGUGCUAUGUAGGAGAGAAAUAAAUGCACAAAUUUUUCUUA